AUGGCAGUGUCAGAGACGCAGCCUGCUCCGCAAAAGGCGCCUGAGAGCGCAAGUGCGGAGCCCCGGAAGAAGCUAUACGGCAGAGAGUUUUAUGAGAGCAUAGGCAGUCCCAAGUAUAUUGUGGCACCUAUGGUGGACAGAUCCGAAUUUGCCUGGCGCAUGCUGACUCGUUCGUUCAUGCCACCCGAUGACCCGAAACCAAUUCUCGCCUACUCCCCCAUGUAUCAUGCGCGUUUGUUUCGAGAGCAAGCGAUUGUUCGCUGGCAACAUUUCCAGCCUACCCGAGCCGGUCUCGACAAGAAUGACAAUUCCCUCUACCUUGACGGCAACCCUGCGUUUGACAGGCCGCUUUUCGUACAGUUUUGCGCCAAUGAUCCCGAUGAUUUUCUAGAAGCUGCCCAACACGUGGCACCCUACUGCGACGCUGUCGAUCUCAAUCUUGGAUGCCCCCAAGGUAUUGCGCGGAAGGGCCAUUAUGGAGCGUUCCUCCAAGAGGACUGGGACUUGAUUUACAAACUGAUCAACCGACUGCAUAAGGAGCUUCCCAUCCCCGUUACAGCCAAGUUCCGCAUACAGGAGUCGAAAGAGAAGACGCUGGAGUAUGCGAAAAUGAUAUUGUCUGCUGGAGCUAGCAUAAUCACGCUUCACGGACGCACAAGGGAGCAAAAGGGUCACAACACAGGUUUGGCAGACUGGAGCUACAUUCGGUAUCUGCGCGACAAUUUACCACCAGAGACGGUCAUCUUCGCAAAUGGGAACAAUCUGAACCAUGAUGAUCUGGAACGUUGUCUUGAGGUAACAGGCGCGGACGGUGUGAUGAGCGCGGAGGGUAACCUGUCCGAUCCUGCCAUCUUCAGCAAACCUCCCCCCGUUGGUAGCGAAGGACGUGAGUAUUGGAGGGGUACAAAUGGAAAGGGCGGAUACCGUAUCGACGCUAUCUUCCGCCGAUACUUGGAUAUCAUCUACCAAUAUGUCCUGGAAGUCCCAGUUCCAGAGCGGAAACCUCUCUACCUCCCUUCAGAUCCCGAAGAGCCCGAGCAGGUGUCACAUACAGGAUCAGGGGAAGCGGAGGCUGAGGAUGGCCCUCCGAAAAAGAAGCAGAAACGGGACAAGUCGAAGAGACCGCAUUCUCCCAGUCUCGGAGUGAUGCAAGGGCAUCUUUUCCAGAUCCUGCGUACAAUGGUGUCGAAGCACACGAAUGUUCGAGAUGCGCUUGCAAGGUCCAGGCCGGGUGAUAUGGCAGCGUUCGAGCACACUCUGUUCCUCGUCGAACAAGCAGUCAAGGAAGGUCUCGACGAAUACGAACAAUAUCCAGAGCGUUUUGAAGCGGCUCCUAAUGCAGACUUGAAAGGCUCCAAGGCAACAAUCGCCGAAUAUGGCAGACCCUGGUGGGUUUGUCAACCUCACAUUCGGCCUUUGCCGGAGGAAGCCAUGGAGAAUGGAGCUUUGAGACCGAAGAAAAAGGAACUUGCAGAAGAAGAUAAGGCUCAGAAAGACGGUUCGUCAGGAUCAAAAGCGGCUUCAGACUUUAAAGUUGACCCAGUUGAAGCUGCAACCCCGGGUACAGCGACACCGGAUCGUCUGGUCAGUGGUUAG